AUGAACGAUGACAGGCUAAUCCGCGAGAUUGAGAAGAGAAGGAUGUUUUACGACACCAAAGACUUGUUUUACAAAGACAAUUUAGUAAAAGAGAAGGAGUGGGCCGCGAUGGCCAAGAUCCUGGGGUUAGAGGUGGACUUCUGUAAAUCCAGAUGGAAGGCUCUGCGGGACGGAUACGUCAAGGCUAAGAACGUUCAGAAAGAAUACAGAUACGCAGAGAAGAUGGCUUUCCUCUUGCCUUUCCUCCAAAGCAGACGUGGUAACGGCGGCAGCAGCAGCAGCAGCAGCAAUAAACGUUACUGCGACGACACAGACGGAGACGCCGACUCUCUGGGGGAGAACGGAGACCUCCUGGCGGCCGCUGCAGCUUCAGCAGAGAUCGUGUCGUCUCGUCUCCCUAAGAUAAAGCGCUCCUCGUCCCCCCUGUCCAUCAGUCCCCUCGGAUCGCUGGGUCCCAUCCCGCCCUGUCCCAAAGACGUCCCCACCACAGACCUGGACGAGUCGUACCACUUCGCCAUGAGCCUGGUGCCCAUUCUGAGCCGCAUGGACCGAAACACCAGGAGGCAGGCCCAGGUCUUCAUCCUGAACGGCCUGGGGAACUUUGAGAAUCCACUCUAA